AGCCGCGCUAAGAUGGCGACUCCCAUGCAUCGGCUCAUAGCUCGGAGACAAGCUGAAGCAAAUAAACAACAUGUAAGAUGUCAGAAAUGCUUGGAAUUUGGACAUUGGACUUAUGAAUGCACAGGAAAAAGGAAAUACCUACAUAGGCCUUCAAGAACAGCAGAACUAAAGAAAGCUUUAAAAGAAAAAGAAAACAGAUUAUUAUUAUUACAACAAAGCAUUGGAGAAACUAAUACAGAAAGGAAGACCAAGAAAAAAAGGUCUAAGAGUGUAACCAGUUCCAGUAGCAACAGCAGUGACAGUUCAGCCAGUGAUUCCUCAUCCGACAGUGAAGACACGUCUACCUCAUCCUCCUCCGAGGACAGUGACACCGACGAAAGCUCCUCCAGUUCAUCAUCUUCAUCCUCAUCCACAAGCUCCUCCUCGUCCUCUGAUUCAGACUCUGAUUCCAGUUCUUCCAGCAGCAGCAGCACCAGCACGGAGAGCAGCUCUGAGGACGAGCCACCAAAGAAGAAGAAAAAGAAAUAGAAUUGCCCCAUCGCUAUUGGACUGCUGGACUGCAAACAUUAAUGUGAUUCUCGAAAGAGAAUUUAGAGUAUGUUAAGGCCAAAUAGAUUAAUCGGUCAAAAUUUCUGGAGUUCAAAAGUUUCUAAGUGUUUUACAUCAUAAGAGCAUAAAGAGUAUUAAUGGAUUAUAUAAAAAAUAUAUAUAUGUGUGUGUGUAUAUAUAUAAAAGACUUUUUUUAUUUUAAGGGUAAAUCUUGUUUUUCUUUUUUAUCUUUAAUAUAUAUCUCUAAAACUUAAAGCUGA